GGCUCGGGCCGCGGACUGGGCAUGCUCGGCAGCCCGGGAGGCUCGCGGUGGCAAGUCGGAAACGUUCGCACCAGCGGGGCAGCGGCGGCGGGCGGCGGGCGGCGGACAGGUCGGGAGUGAGAAGGACCGGCUAGGGUAGAUUGCUCCCCCCUCGCGGCUAGGGAGCCGGUCGGAGAGCGCGAUUGGGGUGCGGAGCCCCGACGCUGCCCUGCCCCGGAUUUCAUUCCGCGGCGGGGGGCUCCGCGAGCGGAAUUCCGGCUGCUGCCGCGACUCCAGUGCAACAUGAAGACAGCGUGUACGAUCCCUGAAUGGGCUUGUGGGCAUAUUUAGUCAUUCAUUUUUGAUCAGGAGAAAGAAGACAGCCAUCACUUGAAAGGUAAAGCUUCAGUGACUGAAGGAGUGUGGACUUUUUGAAUUUCAAGAACAAUAAAGUUGGAACACAGCAGAGGGUGUGUAAUAAAAGACAAUAUAGAUUGGAAGGAAGACUGAUGAAGAAAAAUAACAGCAUGAUUCAGGGUAUAAGCCUACCUGUGAGGAUUUGGGGCACCACAGAGGCGUGAGGAGGAAGGGAGCCAGAGGUUUCACCAUCCAAGCCUGAGAAUGCUUAGAUCCAGUGCUUUUGUUUCAGCCUUAUAUGGAGUCUAGGAUUGAAGUCUUGCUGUAUCAUUUUCUCCAGAGGGUAAACUGCCCCUUCUUACAGGAGUAGGGAUGGUUUGUUUGGCUCUACCAGGCACACCACUGAGUUCUUUGGGAUGCCGAAAAGUGUAUGGUUUGGAAACAUGAAAUAGAAGACGAGACCCUGACUCAGCAAGUAUACCUGAGAAUACUUUUAGAGGAACCUGUCGAUAAAUGCAAAACAGCAGCUGUUGGAGGUGAUGGAACUGUACUGGAACAAUGGGAGAAGCUGGUAGCUUAUAGGAAGCCAAGAUGACAAGAAUGUUUUUAAAUAAUCCAAGGAAGAAUCCUGCUCAGAAAUGAGGUGAAUUAAUGCUUGGGCGCUCAGGAACCCUGGACGGCUACAUGAGGUGUUUAAAAACUGCCCUGACCAUCUUGCCAAACAAGUCUCUGCUCAUGAGGCCCCACAGGAUGAACGAGCCAAGGCAGGACAGUGUCCUGCCCUGUCGGAACAGUGACUGCUGACCUGCCAAGAGUGAGCUGGAGACUGCCUGCUGUCUGCCAGUACAAUGAAGGAAGUGGUUUAUUGGUCACCCAAGAAGGUGGCAGACUGGCUGCUGGAGAAUGCUAUGCCAGAAUACUGUGAGCCUCUGGAGCAUUUCACAGGCCAGGACUUGAUCAACCUAACCCAAGAGGAUUUCAAAAAACCCCCCUUGUGCCGAGUCUCCUCUGACAACGGGCAGCGGCUCCUGGACAUGAUAGAAACCCUGAAAAUGGAGCACCAUUUGGAAGCACACAAGAAUGGUCAUGCCAACGGGCACCUCAACAUUGGCGUAGACAUCCCCACCCCCGAUGGCAGCUUCAGCAUCAAGAUUAAACCCAACGGGAUGCCAAAUGGGUAUAGGAAAGAGAUGAUAAAGAUCCCCAUGCCAGAACUGGAGCGCUCUCAGUACCCCAUGGAGUGGGGCAAGACUUUUCUGGCCUUUCUUUACGCACUUUCCUGUUUUGUUCUCACCACAGUGAUGAUCUCGGUCGUCCAUGAACGAGUACCUCCUAAGGAGGUGCAGCCUCCACUACCGGACACAUUUUUUGACCAUUUUAACCGGGUGCAGUGGGCCUUUUCUAUUUGUGAAAUUAAUGGCAUGAUCCUUGUAGGACUCUGGUUAAUUCAGUGGCUGCUCUUAAAAUACAAGUCUAUUAUUAGCAGAAGAUUUUUCUGCAUAGUUGGCACGCUGUACCUGUAUCGGUGUAUUACAAUGUAUGUAACUACACUCCCAGUACCUGGUAUGCAUUUCAACUGUUCUCCGAAGCUUUUUGGAGACUGGGAAGCCCAACUGCGGAGAAUAAUGAAGCUCAUUGCUGGAGGUGGCUUGUCUAUCACUGGCUCUCACAACAUGUGUGGGGACUAUCUGUACAGCGGCCACACGGUCAUGCUAACACUCACCUACUUAUUUAUCAAAGAGUAUUCCCCUCGACGACUCUGGUGGUAUCACUGGAUUUGCUGGCUUCUCAGCGUAGUUGGAAUCUUCUGUAUUCUCUUAGCGCAUGACCACUACACUGUGGACGUGGUGGUGGCAUAUUACAUCACCACGAGACUCUUCUGGUGGUAUCACACUAUGGCCAAUCAGCAAGUGCUAAAGGAAGCUUCCCAGAUGAACCUCCUGGCCAGGGUGUGGUGGUACAGGCCAUUUCAGUACUUUGAAAAGAAUGUCCAAGGAAUUGUACCUCGAUCUUACCAUUGGCCUUUCCCCUGGCCAGUAGUCCACCUCAGUAGGCAAGUUAAAUACAGUCGGCUGGUGAAUGACACAUAACAGCUGUACAAAGUUGGGAAAAGACAAAUUGUCCGAAGUGCUAAGAACUCCAUGAGAGAAGAUGCCAUAAAAUAAACACCUCCCUGUUCCUAUUAUCUUUCAAUGGUUACCUUGACUUAACCUAUUGAGUUACCUGGUCAGCACUGUGAUCUUUUUUUCUCUCCAAAGGACCUGCGUUGGACAACAAUAAAGAAAAAUUUAACCUAUCAUGCACUGUACACAUUUCCUGUUCAUAAGUUUGGGAUUUACAUAACCCGCAACCACCAUGUUCCUUUGUAUAUGAUGCAACAGCAUAAAUGUAAGCUUUUAUAUCAUAAGUUCUGGUCUUUCCAGUCACAUCUGGAAAUAAAGCGUAUUAUUUUCUUGGGAAAACAUACUUUUCAUAUCUCUUGCCCCAAAGAUUGGGCUGUAAGCCAUUUUCUAGCAAAUGUCUCUAUGAAGGUUUCUAAGUACCUGAAUGGGGUUUGAUUCUGAAAUCUUUCUACCUGUUGCACCGAUAUUCAAAUAAAAAUGAUAGACACAGAAAGGUUUGGUAACUUUGGGUUUUGUAAAAUCAGCAAAGACAGUGUUUCAAAAAGUGCAAAAAACAAAAAGAUUCUGUUAUAAAGUGAUUUUCUAAGUAUUUCCUAACUUUAUUUUUCAAAAUGAUGUUAUGAAAACCAAAUUUAAAGAUUUUUAACAUGUCAGAGAGAAGAGAGUUAAAAUUAAAAAAUGCAUCUUGGGAGAGAAAUUUGUCUAUGUUUCUAGUGCCUUUCUUGUCUUGAUUGUAUGGUCAGUAGGCAAUCUUAAAUGUUUUUAUUUAAAAUAAAGUAUUCCAUGAAAAUAUAAAUAUAUGUAUACACUACUAAAUUUUGCAUUUAUAGCUAAAUUGAAUCAGAAGACUGCUUAUGGUUUUAAAAUUGCAAUGACUUAAAUAAUGAGGUUGUUAAUUAGAGUCAGAGCCUGUUCACAUAUUGUGAUCAGGUAGCAAUGACAUGUACCACUUAAAUUAUUUUAUCGUCUAUUUGGUAGUUCGAUUUUAACUACUCAAUGAAAACAGCCAUGAAUAUCUUUUCUUAAAGAGAGUUUUGAAAAUGAUCACUUACCUAAAACUUAAAAGCUAUGAAUUAGUUAUCCAUACUCUCAUGACAAUUUUGUUGGUGAACAACAAAAAAGAGAUCUAUUUCUUUAAAAGAUAUUUGUGCAGAAACUGCAUGUAACUCUUAAGUUUUACUCCUAACAUACGUAUGUUUGGGGAAGUAUUCUAUUCUAUACUUGCCAAUGUGGAGAACAAAAUAGUUUUUUAAGAAUGAAGAAGUAUAUAUAUCCAUUCUGUAUUUUACGUGCAGCAGAAUUAUCUUCCGUAGGAUUUUUUUGUGUAUUCACAAGGUGAUAUUUGUAUUGUAAAACAAUAAUGGUGAAGGAAAUAAAAAGGCUUUUAAAAUUUUGUUUGUUUUAAAUCUUUGUAAAGUUAUUAUUCCAGAGAGUAUACUGGUAUCUUACAGCUUACCUAGAUCAUAAAUUAAUCAAAAUGCACUUUUUAAUAAAAAUUGAUACUUAAAAUAAA